AUGCACCUCACCCACCUCAUCCUCCUCAUCGCGCACUUCACCCACGCAUGCGACAAGCAACUACACCCACGCCAGCACACGCGGCACCUACACGCGCGCAGCACAACACGCAUUUUCCCGCUUGUCCUGACGCCCCACGAAAGGGUUCUCGUGUCUUCGUUUGAUAAAGCAGAGAUAGCGGCGUGGUCGCGGUAUUAUUCUUUCCAGAGGAAUCUCGCGGGCGAGAGCGAUGCAGUGCCUACGUGGACGCGGGAGCGGUGGCGUGAGAGCAGGUUUGAAACGAGCAUGGAUGGGUAUUAUGUCUACCUCGAUUCCCCAGUCCACCAAUCCCUCGAACUGAGAUAUGCAAACGGAAGCACGUACCGCGCUUCGCUGGAAGAAGAUGUGGUAGAUGAGGAUGCCACGAGCGGUUCCAGUAAUCGCGUGCCGGCAUUCCAUGCGUAUUCGGGAUCGGGCGGUGCAGACGCAGAGUAUGUCUACGUUGGCCGCGGCUCACGUGAGGAUUUCCAGCGCCUUAUUGCGCUCAGCGUGCGGCUUGAGGGCCGCAUUGCGCUCGCCAAGUACGGCGGGCCGUACCGUGGACUCAAGGUGAAGAAUGCACAGGCGGUGGGCAUGGUAGGCGCAAUUCUGUUUACCGAUCCCGGUGAUGACAAGGACAUGGUGGCUGAGAAUUACCCUGUGUAUCCGCAUGGACCUGCGCGCAAUCCAUCGAGUAUCCAGCGCGGCAGCGUCGUGGAUCUCGCGCUGUACCCGGGAGAUCCGACGACGCCGGGGUAUGCGUCCAAGGAGGGAGUGCCGAGGACGGAGAAGAAGACGGUGCCGCGGAUUCCCAGUCUGCCGCUGUCGUGGAGGGAAGUGAGACCGUUGUUGCUUGCGCUGAAUGGACGUGGGGUUUGUGCGGAGACAGUCGCGAGACCGGGUUGGGUGGGCGGCAUACAAGGUAUAGAGCAUUGUGCUGGGCCGUCUGAAGCGAGGAUAUCAAUGCGGAAUGAUAUGAAGGGGGAGAUGAGGUGGAUUCAUAAUGCUAUUGGGGUAAUCAAUGGCACUGAGGAGGAUGAGGUGGUGGUUGUGGGGAACCACCAUGAUGCUUGGAUGAUAGGGGGCGCUGUGUUAGCGGAUCCGCAUUCUGGCUCAGCGAUUGUGGCCGAGCUGGCAAAGGCAAUUGGGGCACUUUUGAAGACGGGAUGGCGGCCAAAGCGGACGAUUGUCCUGUGUAGCUGGGACGCAGAGGAGUAUGGACUUGUGGGGAGCACCGAGUGGGUUGAGGAACAUCUCGCCUGGCUCAAAGCCUCUGCAGUUUCCUACCUCAACAUUGACGUCGGAGUCGCUGGCAGCAUCCCCGACUUUGGCGCUACACCCGACCUCCAUUCUCUCAUCACGUCGACCGCUCAAAAGGUCAUCUGGCCCCGCGGCGAGAACCGCACCAUGUAUGACGUGUGGGCAGAACAGGCCGGGGAGAUUGAUGCUCUCGGCGCACAGAGCGACUACACAGCCUUUGUGCAUCGCGGCGGCAUCUCUGCCAUGGACAUGGGUACUACGCGGGCCCCCCUGGAUCCAAUCUACCACACGCACUCCAACUUUGACAGCUACCACUGGAUGACCAAGUUUGCUGACCCCGGCUUCGCAAUGCACACGGCGGUCGGACAGUUUCUGGCAUUGAUGUUGUUUCACCUGGUGGAUGACGCCGCGGUGCCGCUUGAGCCGGCAAACUAUGGUGUAGAAAUGCAGGCAUGGCUUGGGGAUCUUGAGAAGAAUCUGGCCUCAGCGAAUGCAACGGCCGCGGUGGGACUGCACAGCCUGCAAGAUGCUGUUGAGGGGUUCGUCAAGGCGGCGCGGGUGUUCAGUGCCGCGCGUGACAUGGCCGUGGCAUCCAACAACAAGACUGUGCUCAAAAGCUUGAACGGCAAAGCCCGGGACUUUGGGCGUGGUUUCAUUGGGCAAGGCGGGCUUCCAGGAAGGGAUUUCUACCAGCAUCUGGUGUUCGCACCUGGCGUCGACACGGGGUAUAGGCCCGUGACUUUUCCUGGUGUCACCGAAGCCGUUGCUGCAGGUAACCUCAGCCUGGCGCGAGACUAUGUUGAAAAGACUGCAAAGGCGGUGUUAGCUGCAGCACGCAUCUUGGAGGCCUGA